AAAACAAAAAUUUCCGAAUGGAAUGGUGGUGGUGUGUUAUUACAAAACGGACUGAUAAUGGGUUAUGGAAACAUUCUGCAUAGAAACUUUAGCUAGGUUUUAAACAAAUUUGUAAACAACGGAUUGCGUUUAAGAAAGUGCAUUUUACCGUGCUAAAAUGAUUAAAUAUUUUUUGUAGAUAGCUAUAUAUAUCACAGUAAAAUUAACUACAUAUAUAGCUAGGUACUGUAGGUGACACACGGCAUACCACAACAGAAAAAGAAUAGACAGGGAGAGAGAGAGAGAGAGAGAGCACUCACUUGAGUUUUAAACGGUGGCUAGAUAUAGCUAAUAGCUAUAUUACAUCACUUUGGGUAUCAGCCAGUAAGAAGAGCUAUAUUGGUGGACUCUAUUUUAUGUCAACAUAGAGAGCGAGAUGAGUAACAGCACUGAAACUAAACAAGAUAUGAACGUGUCAUCUAAAAAAUCUGGAACAAGGGUCUUCAAAAAAGCCACACCUAAUGGGAAGAUUACUGUGUACAUUGGCAAACGGGACUUUUAUGACCAUAUUGAUCAUCGUGAUCCUGUUGACGGAGUCGUGCUCGUCCACCCAGACCAUGCAAAAGAUAAAACUGUUUAUUGCCACAUCCUGGCUGCGUUCAGAUAUGGUCGAGAAGAUUUGGAUGUUCUUGGUUUAACAUUUAGAAAAGAUUUAUUUCUCGCAAGAAAGCAAGUCUACCCACCAGAUAUCGAAGACGAGGAACCACUGACGAGGUUACAAGAACGCCUAAUCAAAAAACUAGGAAAAAAUGCAUAUCCUUUUAAAUUUCAGCUACCCAAAGGUGCUCCCUCAUCUGUUACGUUACAACCAGCGCCUGGAGAUACUGGCAAGCCAUGUGGAGUUGAUUAUGAACUUCGUGUUUAUUUAUCUGAUACAGCAGAUGAGAAAGAAUAUAAAAAAAAUUCCGUUCGAUUGGCAAUUCGAAAGAUUACAUACGCACCGCCUGUAGCUGCGCCUCGUCCGAUGAUUGAAACGCAAAAAGAUUUUAUGAUGUGCCCACAUCCAUUGUUUCUAGAAGCCAGCUUAGACAAAGGGAUGUAUUACCACGGCGAAACGAUCUCUGUAAACGUGCAUAUAUCAAAUCGAUCAAAUAAAACUGUGAAACGGAUUAAAGUUACAGUGCGACAGUAUGCGGAUAUUUGCUUGUUUUCAACAGCGCAGUACAAAUGUCCAGUAGCUUCCGUCGAAUUAGAAGAUGGCUUUCCAGUUGGACAGAGUGGUACCUUAUCAAAAGUUAUUCAAAUCAUUCCAUUGUUAGCUAAUAACAAGGAUAAACGUGGUUUAGCACUCGACGGACAAAUUAAACAUGAAGACACGAAUCUAGCUUCAUCAACUAUCAUGGAUACUGACACACAGAAGGAGAAUUUAGGUAUUAUAGUCCAUUAUAAAGUCAAGAUUCGAUUAAUUGUCGCUUAUGGAGGUGAUUUGGCUGUAGAAUUGCCAUUUGUUUUGACACACCCGAAACCACCUUCGCCUUCACCUUCUCCAUCACCAGCUAUAUCAAGACGUUACUCCGAACUCACAUCACAUGACAACGAGCCUCCAGUUGAUAGCGACCUGAUUAACUUCGAUACUGAUGGUCCAGAACGCAGUGCCAGGGACGAUGACUUAAUUUUCGAAGAAUUUGCCAGAAUGCGAGUACGAGGCGAACACCAAGGAGAGGCACAAGCAUAGGCGUGGAAGUUUUUUAGGCGAAGAUUAGUUUCAAACUAACGUUAGUGCAUUUGUUGUGCCUCACUAAAAUACUCUUUUCAAAAUGUCUUAAACAAUUGCAAGCUAACGAUGAGCGAUUCUCACUCGGCGUGACAGAACCGACAGCCUAUUACUCGCCAACGUCACGUGGUUUAUUAUCGUUUGUAGUAUCCAGCUGCGUUUCUUUUUUGAUACCUGAUUGGUUGUCAUUCACUGUUGUUGUUGUAUAACUUGGUAUAUGCCUCCACGUUCGAACGUAACACUGCUUGAUUUCAAUAAUAACAAUUGAUGAGAAGGAACUCGUUCGACAUCCAUAUAAUCUUUUUCGUAAUGUGCUUUUUCUUUCGUUGGAAAUGAAUGCAUUUCUGUUUUUAUUCGCACACACAUGACGUCUUAUAUCCUGUUACAGGUAGUUCGUAUUUGCGUGUGUUUAUGUUUGCGUGUGGUUAGGUCGCGUUUUUUGUAAUGGCGCAUGAGUAUGUAUAUAACACAGGGCAGAUAUCGUAAGAAUAAUUAUAUAUGAAAUCUUAAUUGUCGCGAUACAUAUAUAAAACUUAAUUCUCAGUCGUAUAUACGUAACUGCAUGACAUGUCGCGCUAGCUAUAUUGUCCGUUCAUAUAUGUAUCGCGCACAUAUAUCCUAUAUGUUUCUGUUACGUUAUAUUUCUUUUUUUUAUUCAUACCCGAGAGCUUUGUUAAAAAUCCUAAGCCAUACUGUGUUGAAUGCGCAUAUACAUUUACCGUGAAAGUGCUUUAACCUUUAAUAGUUAUUUUUUUGAUUAUAUCCCCGCUUACACAUCUCGUCGUCCUCUCAAAUACGUCCAUCUCUAAGCAUGUUCUUGCUUUAAUAAAAUAAAAGUAUAUUAUCUGUUUGUUUUUGUUUUUGUUAUUGUUUAUGUUUAUUUGUGUUUUUGUUUAUUUGGUUUUACAUUUCUUCUUUUCGUUGUCCAUAUUCGUCCAUAUUGCAUCUAAUGUGAUUGGUCUGUUUAGAAUUAUUUGCUUUGAGCAGAUGAACCAAUUAACUAACUAGACUCGAUUAGGAUUCCAAAUCCUCCUAACGGGGAUAGAGUGUGGUUACAGAGAAGAUAAUAUAAUGCGAUGUCUUGUGUUUUAUUGUAAGUCUUGUAAGCACGUGAUUUGACACGUGAUUCGGCGAAAAAAAUUGAAUAUACUUCUUUUCUGGAUAAUUUUUCUGAAAAUAAUAAAAAAGGAGUAAAUGUUGAACUACCAAAAUUUUUACAGAGGUUUUUUGAGGAUUUACAUAGAUCACGGUGUUACGUAAAUUUAUCUUGUUAUAAUUUGUUGAUCUUAUAUUAAAUAUGUAAUAUGCCAUAUUUUUCUUGCUGCAAGACACUGUUUGCAUGUACAUUAAUCCCGAAAUCUGUUACUUUCUUAUAGUUGCAUUGUGUUGACGUUUCUUUUAUAACCGUGUGGAUUAACCUCAAGUUAUAGACGUAUUAUAUGCAUUGUGUCGAUCAGUCGUUUUUAGUGAACCACGUGAACUGUAUUCACAUUUGCGAAUUGAAUUUGCUACGAAGUCAGAGCA